AUGUCCACUACUGUGAAAUUGCUCGAGAUCGAAGAUACGACUUCGGACAGCCAGUAUGGUAUGGGACUACGAAAUACUGCACAUGCUUUCGUGGAAGCCCUAGAGGUGUUCGACGACGCUAAGCGAGCCGAUCGCAAGGACUGGAAAGAGAAAGCAGAACAUAAAGGCGACAAAUGUUUCAACAAGCACUUUCCAAUUGGAAAAGUCUACUAUUUGAAGAAGUUGUAUAACGUCGAUGCUGAAACGAUGUUCAAGCACCACUGGAAUCGAGAAAACGCCGGAAUGGAAUGGAAAUGUGCAGAGUGUGGAACGUAUUGCUACGAUCAGCGAGAUGGCCGAUAUUAUUCACACUAUACAACGUCGGACUCGAUCGGCAUUAAAGGCCGUGACUUCGUUGUAUGUCGAAUGUGGAGGAAGGUUGGCGAUUCCUAUGUUGUAGCAGCCACCAGUUUCGAAACAGACAUUCCAGUAGCAGCGAAGAAAAAGCGCGGAUGGGCCAACGUGGUCGCCGGCAAGUUCGCUCCGUUAGCAAAUGAUCCCUCAAAAUGUACCAUUGAAUAUCUAGUAUCAGUGGAUUUGAAGGACAAGGUCACGCCGAAAGCGCCACUGAUCGCUGAAACAAUGAUAAAGGACGCUCGCUAUGCCUUUAAAAUUGUUGAGAAGGAUUUGGUGAAAAAGAAACCUGAAUAG